UCCCUGCUACUUUCUUCUUCUUCACCUCAAUUUCCCAGUUCAAAACCCUAAUUGCCCCAAUUUGAACCUUAUUUCUCUGUUCUUGGAAAACCCAUAUUCAGCUACACGUAGCAUUCCAACGAGUUGGGGAGCUUUUACUUUUCAGGAUAGCUAAACCCUGAAGCUAACUUCUUCUGGGUUAUGGAUUUUAUUGCUAGAGUCUAUCAGUUAUAGAGCUUUGGGAUGAGUCGGGCUUUACUUCCUAAGCAUAUUUCUGCUGUUGUGAAAUGUCAAAAGGAUCCUCUCAAAGCGCUUGAGAUGUUUAAUUCGGUGAAGAAGGAAGAUGGGUUUAAGCACACAUUGUCAACUUACAAGUGUAUGAUUGAGAAGCUUGGGUUUCAUGGGGAGUUUGAAGCCAUGGAGCAUGUGCUUGCCGAGAUGAGGAUGAAUAUCGAUAACAGGUUACUAGAGGGAGUGUACAUUGGGGCCAUGAGGCAUUAUGGAAGGAAAGGAAAGAUUGAAGAAGCUGUGAAUGUGUUUCACCGGAUGGAUUUUUAUAAUUGUGAGCCAUCCGUUCAGUCUUAUAAUGCAAUCAUGAAUAUACUGGUUGAGUAUGGGUAUUUCAAUCAAUCCCAUAAGGUGUAUAUGAGGAUGAGAGAUAACGGGAUUACCCCAGAUGUGUAUACUUAUACUAUACGAAUAAAGUGUUUCUGUAGGACUAGUAGGCCUCAUGCUGCAUUGAGGCUCCUUAAUAACAUGCCUUCACAGGGGUGUGAGUUCAAUGCUGUUGCAUAUUGUACAGUCAUUAGUGGAUUUUAUGAAGAGAAUUAUCGGAUAGAGGCAUAUGAAUUGUUUGAAGACAUGCUUGGGCAAGGUAUAUGCCCUGAUGUUACCACAUUUAAUAAGCUUAUACAUACCCUGUCCAAGAAGGGGGAUGUCCAAGAAAGCAAAAAACUUCUCAACAAGGUUCUGAAGAGGGGAGUGUCUCCAAAUUUGUUUACACUUAAUAUAUUCAUUCAAGGGCUGUGCAAAAGAGGUUCCAUUGAUGGGGCUGUCAGAAUGUUAGAUGGUUUUGUGAAGGAAGGUCUGACUCCAGAUGUUGUCACGUAUAAUACAUUGAUCUUUGGUUUGUGUAAAAACUUCAGGGUUGAGGAAGCAGAGUCCUAUCUGCGUAAAAUGGUGAACAAUGGAUUUCAGCCUGAUGCCUUUACCUACAACAGUAUUGUUGAUGGAUAUUGCAAAUUGGGCAUGAUACAGAAAGCAGAAAAGAUUCUCAGUGACGCCAUCUUCAAGGGGUUUGUGCCUGAUGAGUUCACGUAUUGCUCUUUAAUUAAGGGGUUUUGCCAGGAUGGUGGCAUAGAACGUGCCAUAGCAGUGUUUAAGGAGGCAUUGGGCAAGGGAUUAAAGCAUAAUAUUGUUCUCUUUAACACAUUGGUAAAAGGGUUGUCACAGAAUGGGCUUAUCUUGCAAGCCUUACAAUUAAUGAAUGAGAUGUCGGAAAAUGGUUGCAGUCCCAAUAUCUGGACUUACAAUUUAGUUAUAAAUGGGUUGUGCAAGAUGGGUUAUGUUUCUGAUGCCAGUAGACUUGUUGAUGAUGCUAUUGCCAAAGGUUACCUUCCUGACAUAUUUACGUUUAAUACAAUAAUUGAUGGUUACUGUAAACAGUUGAAUCUGAAUAAUGCUAUUGAGUUAAUAAAUAGCAUGUGGAAUCAUGGUGUUACUCCUGAUGUGAUCACAUAUAAUACUGUGUUAAAUGGCCUUUGCAAGUCUGCAAAAUAUGAGGAUGUGAUGUGCACUUUUCAAGCGAUGAUGGAGAAAGGGUGUGUUCCUAACAUCAUUACGUAUAACAUACUUGUAGAAAGCCUUUGCAAAGCUAGGAAAGUAAAUGAGGCCCUGGACAUGCUACAGGAAAUUAGGAACAAGGGCUUGACUCCAGAUAUUGUUUGUUUUGGCACAUUGAUGAGUGGUUUGUGCAGCAAUGGGGAUUUGGGUGGAGCAUACCAUCUAUUUAGAAGAAUGAAAAGGGAAUAUGAUAUAUCACCUACAACAGCAACAUACAAUAUCAUGAUCAAUGCUUUGUGUGAAAAACUAGAAAUGAGUACUGCAGAAAAGCUUUGUUGUGAGAUGUGUGACAGUGACAGUAACAGUGUGCCGGACUGUUUCACGUACCGUGUCAUGAUUGAUGGUUUCUGCAAAGCAGGAAACACUGAUUCAGGGUACAAUUUCCUCCUGAAAAAGAUUGAGAAAGGGUUCAUUCCAGCAUUGGUGACAUUUGGAAGAGUCCUAAAUUGUCUUUGCAUGAAGCAUAGAGUUCAUGAAGCUGUUGGUAUCAUCCACCUGAUGGUCCGCAAAGACAUUGUUCCUGAGGUUGUCAAUUCAAUAUUCGAGAUUGAUAAGAGGGAAAUUGCAGCACCUAAGAUUCUUGUAGAAGAUUUAUUGAAGAAGGGCCAUGUAACUUAUUCUGCUUAUGAACUUCUAUAUGAUGGAAUUAGAGAUAAAAAGCUGGUCAAGAAAACAAAGAAAGCCUUAUUUGUCAUGGACUUUGCAGAGACAUUGAGUAUUGGCAUUUAUCUUGUUUUCACGACCAAAUAUACACCUGCUGGUAUGUUACAGGAACUGCCCCAAGAGUGCCAUGCUUAUAAUGACGAUAAUUUAGCUCCUUUUUUUGCCUCUGUAUAACAGGAGGAAGCAUGAGGAAAUUAAUGACAGAAGAAAAAUGAGAAUAUGUGAAAUUAUGUGGCCUUUGGUUUUGGUUCCAAAUCUACUGUCUGGUUCUUUGAGCAAGCACAUCAUGCAGGAUCUUUUUGGAGAGACUACUCUUUAUUGGAUCCACAUGCUCUAUCUUAUUAUGAAUAUGUCAGAGAAGUUAUGAUUAUGUAUAUGAGCGUAUUACAGAGUUCACAACAGGGAAUACAAUAUUUGCUUAAAGCCUGCCAUGCUAGCAGGAAGGUCCGAGAAUAUGGUGUCUGUGAGUUAAUCAUGUUUCUGGACAGAGGAGAAGUGCAGGAGGAUCCAAAGACAAGCUUGUGAUCAUAAAGAAUGAUGAGUCAAUUGUUAAAAAGGAAAUCUCCUUGUGACAGGAUAUACAAAAUAGUAGUUGAGAGUUGAGACUCGAGAGAAGUUCAAUUAUCAUCAGAGUGAAUGUUGAUUCUCCAAAUGAAGGAAAAAAAAAAAGACAGAGUGAAUGUCGAUUUUCAUUCUAGGAGUUAUAUUUCUAUUUAUACUGGAGAAACAGAGGCUGUAGGAAUCAUGGGGAUUGAUUUUGUUAAAAACAUCUGUAUUUUAAUACAUGCCUUGCCAGAAGUUGAAAGGAUCUA